UGAUUCAUUUCGUUUCAUUUCAUUCUUUUUCGGAUCUCAAGCAGGCAUUGCUGUAGGAACAGAAUUUGGAAGCUGUAGCUGGGUGCAACUCCACUCUCGCUGUCAGUGAAGCCGCCCAUUGGAAAAUGGAGGACGCCUUUUCCAGAUCCAUCUCUGAGGUCUUGGGAUUUUUUGGGGUUGACCCAUCACAAGGUCUCACAGACGAUCAGGUUUUGCAUCAUGCUAGAGUUUAUGGAAAAAACGUGCUACCUGAGGAGAAAAGGGCCCCAUUUUGGAAACUGAUUUUGAAGCAGUUUGAUGAUUUACUAGUGAAGAUAUUAAUUGUUGCAGCAGUUGUUUCUUUCCUAUUGGCUUUGAUAAAUGGAGAGACAGGCAUAAUAGCAUUUUUGGAGCCUUCAGUAAUUCUAAUGAUAUUGGCUGCAAAUGCAGCAGUAGGAGUGAUUACAGAAACAAAUGCCGAAAAGGCUCUUGUGGAACUACGGGCAUACCAGGCAGAUAUUGCUACUGUGAUGAGAAAUGGUUGCUUUUCAAUACUUCCGGCUACAGAGCUUGUUCCUGGUGAUAUUGUAGAAGUUGCUGUGGGGUGCAAAAUUCCUGCUGAUAUGCGAAUGAUUGAGAUGCUUAGUAAUCAGCUGCGUGUUGAUCAAGCAAUUCUUACAGGUGAGAGCUGCUCUGUUGAAAAAGAGCUGGAGGCCACAAGAGCAGUAAAUGCUGUAUAUCAAGACAAGACAAAUAUUCUUUUUUCUGGCACCGUGGUUGUUGCUGGCAGGGCACGUGCUGUUGUGGUAGGAGUUGGUGCAAAUACUGCUAUGGGCAAUAUACGAGAUUCUAUAUUGCAAACGGAUGAUGAGGUGACACCAUUGAAAAAGAAGCUAGAUGAGUUUGGUACUUUUCUGGCCAAGGUUAUUGCUGGAAUUUGUGCACUUGUAUGGAUAGUGAACAUUGGUCACUUUCGUGAUCCUUCUCAUGGUGGGAUUUUGAGUGGUGCAAUACACUACUUCAAGAUUGCAGUUGCUCUUGCUGUUGCAGCGAUUCCUGAAGGACUACCUGCCGUUGUCACAACGUGUUUGGCUCUUGGCACCAAAAGAAUGGCACGCCUGAAUGCAAUUGUGAGGUCUUUGCCAUCUGUUGAGACUUUAGGCUGCACUACUGUUAUAUGUAGUGACAAGACUGGAACUUUGACUACGAAUAUGAUGUCCGUCUCAAAGAUUUGUGUGGUCCAUUCUGUUUUGCAUGGUCCACAACUUUCUGAGUACAAUGUCAGCGGUACAACAUACGCUCCUGAUGGUACUAUUUUUGACAGCACUGGAGUACAGCUUGAGUUUCCAGCUCAAUUGCCUUGUAUUCUACACAUGGCAAUGGGCUCUGCCCUCUGCAACGAGUCUACUUUGCAGUAUAAUCCAGAUAAGGGGAACUACGAAAAAAUUGGUGAAUCAACUGAAGUAGCACUGCGUGUCUUUGCUGAAAAGGUUGGUCUUCCUGGUUUUACUUCAAUGCCUUUUGCUCUAAAUAUGCUAAGCAAGCAUGAGCGCGCAUCCUAUUGUAACCACCAUUGGGAGAACCAGUUCAAAAAGAUUUCUGUAUUGGAAUUUUCUCGUGAUCGCAAGAUGAUGAGCAUUUUAUGUAGCAGAAACCAGUCACAUAUCCUUUUCUCCAAAGGUGCUCCUGAGAGCAUUAUUUCGAGAUGCUCAAGUAUCCUUUGCAAUGAAGAUGGUUCCACCAGUGUUUUAACUUCUAGUAUUCGUGCUGAACUGGAAGCAAGAUUUCAAAGUUUUGCAGGAAAUGAAAUGCUUAGGUGCCUGGCUAUAGCAAUCAAAUUGCUUCCUGUGAGUCAACAGAGUUUAUCAUUUGAUGAUGAGCAAGACCUAACAUUCAUUGGGUUGGUUGGAAUGCUUGAUCCACCGAGAGAGGAAGUGAGAAAUGCUAUGCUUUCAUGUAUGAAUGCUGGCAUACGUGUUAUAGUCGUAACUGGGGACAACAAGUCAACUGCUGAAUCACUCUGCCGCAAGAUUGGUGCUUUUGACCACUUGGUAGAUCUAGCUGAUCAUUCUUUUACUGCUUCUGAAUUUGAAGAGCUACCUGCAAUGCAACAAACAAUGGCAUUGCAACGAAUGGCACUCUUCACCAGGGUUGAACCUUCUCAUAAGCAAAUGCUUGUGGAGGCCUUACAACAUCAGAAUGAAGUGGUUGCUAUGACAGGUGAUGGUGUCAAUGAUGCACCUGCACUGAAGAAAGCUGAUAUCGGUAUUGCCAUGGGUUCAGGAACAGCAGUUGCCAAGAGUGCAUCUGAUAUGGUCUUAGCUGAUGACAAUUUUGCUACUAUUGUUGCGGCUGUUGCAGAGGGCAGAGCUAUUUACAAUAAUACUAAGCAGUUCAUCAGAUACAUGAUCUCUUCAAAUAUUGGUGAAGUAGUUUGUAUAUUUGUGGCAGCUGUUCUUGGAAUACCAGAGACUCUUGCCCCUGUGCAACUUCUUUGGGUCAACUUGGUCACUGAUGGAUUGCCUGCAACUGCAAUUGGAUUUAAUAAGCAAGACUCCGAUGUAAUGAAAUCUAAGCCUCGAAAGGUGAAUGAAGCUGUGGUGACUGGAUGGUUGUUCUUUCGUUAUUUGGUAAUUGGAGCGUAUGUUGGUCUUGCAACAAUUGCUGGCUUCAUAUGGUGGUUUAUAUACUCCGACAGUGGUCCUAAGCUACCUUACGCUGAGUUGAUGAGUUUUGAUACUUGUUCAACAAGAGCGACAACAUACCCUUGCAGUAUAUUUGAGGAUCGGCAUCCGUCAACUGUUUCUAUGACUGUACUUGUUGUCGUCGAGAUGUUCAAUGCUUUAAAUAAUCUAAGCGAAAAUCAAUCUCUUCUUGUUAUCCCUCCCUGGAGUAAUUUAUGGCUCGUUGCCUCCAUUGUCAUAACCAUGAUCCUUCACAUGCUUAUUAUGUAUGUGCGACCACUAGCUGUUCUUUUCUCUGUAACGCCAUUAUCUUGGGCUGAAUGGACGAUCGUUUUGUACCUUUCGUUUCCUGUUAUAAUUAUUGAUGAAAUACUGAAGUUCUUUUCACGACGCUCCAGUGGCAGGUUGAGGCUUCCAUUUAGAUUCAGAAGGCAUGAGUUGCUUCCAAAGAAGGAAUUGCGUGACAAGUAGGAAUGACACUACCUUGACAUACAACUGGUCACACUACUACUUUGUUAUACUCAUGGCUGAAUAGCAAGCAUGAAGAUUGAUUGAUAUCAUUCUAUCAUCGAAUCUCAAGAGUUUGACCCGAGCGUUCACUAGUAUUCGUUAAUCUUAUAAUGGAAUACCCCCCCUCAAGUCUGAAGCUUAACGCCCCUUCGAGCGACGUUCAUGAGGAUAAAGCGGCGAAGAUGAAUGUGUGGGAUUUUACUAAUCUUUUUAGUUUUCUUCAUCAAUUUAAAGUUUAUCAUAACGUGAAAAAUUUACAUGGCUGCUUUUGGAAUCCUUUUCAUAUAGUAAGUCUUAAUAGAACAAUGUUCACUGCAAUUUAUAAUUUCCAAUCCCAUUAUGGACGAGCUUUUGAUGAUAAAUGGGUCAAUUUCAGAGA